CACACUUAACCAGAUAAAUAUCACAGUCCUGUCGUGUUUUAGAUCAAUCUGAGUGUUUUCAGUGAACCAAUGAAGAAAAUGUUUUUAAAAUUAUUUUUGUUCUGUUUGUGUUUGUGGCAUCUGACUGGUGCGUUUGAUGAUGAAGUGAAGUCAGUGUCAGUGAAGGAGGGAGAUUCAGAAACUCUAAACUCUGAUCUUACUGAAAUGAAGGAUGAUGAUGUGAUUCAGUGGAGGUUUUGGACUGAAAACACUAUAAUAGCUGAAAUCAAUGUAACGGACGACAGAAUCACUGUAUAUGAUGAUGUUCUUGAUGGGAGAUUCAGAGACAGACUGAAGCUGGACAAACAAACUGGAUCUCUGACCAUCACAGACAUCACAACUGAACAUGCUGGAGAUUAUACACUAGAGAUCAACGGUGUAAGAAAGAAAAAGUUUGAAGUCUUUAUCUAUGGAUUGACGUUAUUUUCAGUGUCAGUGCUGGAGCGAGAUUCAGUCUCUAUAAACUCUGAUCUUACUGAAAUGAAGGAUGAUGAUGUGAUUCAGUGGAGGUUUGGAAACACUUUAAUAGCUGAAAUCAAUAAACGGGACGACAGAAUCACUGUAUAUGAUGAUGUUCUUGAUGGGAGAUUCAGAGACAGACUGAAGCUGGACAAUCAAACUGGAUCUCUGACCGUCACAGACAUCACAACUGAACAGACUGGAGAUUAUACACUAGAGAUCAACAGUGUGGAAAAGAUAAAGUUCAAUGUUGAUAUCUUUGAAUCAGUGAAGUAUGUGACAGUGAAGGAGGGAGAUUCAGUCACUCUAAACUCUGAUCGUAAUGAAAUGAAGGAUGAUGAUGUGAUUCAGUGGAGGUUUUGGACUGAAAUGACUUUAAUAGCUGAAAUCAAUGUAAUGGCCGAGAGAAUCACUGUAUAUGAUGAUGUUCUUGAUGGGAGAUUCAGAGACAGACUGAAGCUGGACAAACAAACUGGAUCUCUGACCAUCACAAACACCAGAACUGAACAUGUUGGACUUUAUGAACGAAAGACCAACUUUUGGACCACUUAUUUCUGUCUCGCUGUCUUUGAUGAAAUAUCAGUGAAGGAGGGAGAUUCAGUCACUCUAAACUCUGAUCUUACUGAAAUGAAACAUUAUGAUUGGAUUCAGUGGAGGUUUGGAAAUGAAAACACUUUAAUAGCUGAAAUCAAUAAACGGAACCACAGAAUCACUGUAUAUGAUGAUGAUCUUGAUGGGAGAUUCAGAGACAGACUGAAGCUGAACAAUCAAACUGGAUCUCUGACCAUCACAGACGUCACAGAUGAACAUGCUGGAGAUUAUACACUACUGAUGAGUGUUUCAUACAAAUAUUCAUUAAAAGCAUUCAGAGUCAACUCCGUCCACUGUUGUGGUCCUACUGAAGCUGUGAUCCGAUUGGUCCUCUCUGCUCUGGUGGGCGUGGCUACUGUCAUUCUUCUGGUUUAUGACAUCAGAUCCAGAAGAGCUGAACAACAUCAAGCACAUAUUCACACAUCAGAAAGUAUUGAAAUCUGAAGGAGAAUUUUGAACUUUAAAUUAUAAUAAAUGCUAAUGAUUAUUUGAGCUUCUGCUGGCUCUCUUUCAGUGUCAGAUUUUUAUAAAUGUUAUUUGUAAGGUUUCAUUGUUUAUAUUUUUUUAUUAGACACACAGAUCUCACUUUACUACUACUGCUGUUCAUUUGCGUUUGUAUUUGCUUGUCUUUAUCAAUAAAGUUUUCUCACUCUGA